AUGUUUAGCAUUUUUCGUCUUAUAAAUUCACAUUAUGGUUCGCGUGCUAUGAAGAUCGCAAGAGACCUUGAAAGGAAGUCCUAUAGCAUUGCCAAACAGAAGGAGCAUUUGUCAUUCAACCACGAGUUAAAGAACGCCAAGGUAUUACCCAAAAGUCUCCGAUUUACGCCACCGGUUGUUUGCAGAGAAGGUACAGAUAUAAUGUCAAAAGCGGGUUGGAGCUUCCUGAGACUUCGCAUUCAACACAGCCAUCACAAGAUCAAACGGAAACAGGAUGAGUAUCACGACAAUUUAAACAUUUUAUCAAACAUUUUAUCACCAGAACAUUUGAAAGACCUCCAAGAUGUCGUUAAGUAUAACUCGGACAAAAUGAAAGACACUAUUAAGACCAAGCAUGAACAAAAACUUAAUUCAUUAGGUGUAAUCAAAAAUACCGAAGCAUAUGUUGAUAAAUCGAGAUGGGUAAUUAACUUAUCUACAAGACAACUGAACACACAGGAAACGCAGAUACUUGAAAACGGUUUGAAUUAUGCCAUUACACCUAAACGUAUUCCCGUUCCGAAGAUUAUUGCCAGCAUUGAAUCAGGCAUUUACCAUUUAAGUGAAGAAAGCAAAGCCACUAUACGAGCAUCUGUCGUUAAUACCUUAAGAAAUACUGAGGCGUUAAGGACAACUAACAUGUCUAAACAACAAAGUCAUGCUUUAAGAAAUUUGAAGAAAGACAAAGAUAUUACUAUUGUUCCAGCUGACAAAGGGAGAGCGAUUGUUGUAAUGAAUACUGAUGAUUACGAUAGGAAAAUUUCUGAUUUAUUACUUGAUAAAAAGACUUACUUAAGAAUUACAGAUAGACGUAGAAACCCUACCAGCAAAGUUGAACAAGAUCUUAACAAACUUCUACGAGAUAUUAAGUCGGAAAGGUCGCAUAACGAUAACAAUUUACCACAGAUUAAUGAGAAACUUUAUGACCAUUUACAUAGUUCAAGCGCAUCACCGGCAACGUUUAUGGUUUACCUAAGAUUCAUAAGCCAGACAUACCGCUUCGUCCGAUUACCAGCUCUAUUUCAUUUCCUACGUACAAUCUUUCAAAACACUUAG